AUGAUGUACAACUUCGGCCUAACCCUCACCAAAGUCUCUAUCGUCCUACAAUACAUCCGCAUCGUGAUCGACCACAACGUGCGCAAAGCCUGCUGGGUGUUGCUGUGGAUAAUUCUCGCCACAUGCGUUGAGACUCUAUUCACCGGCCUCUUCUCCUGCUAUCCAAUCCCUAAAUUUUGGGACGAUCGAAUUCCUGGCGGAUGCGUCAAUAAGCCAGCACUCGCCAGUAUAGCAUCCAUACUUCGCCUUAACGCUCUACACAAAGUCGCAAUCACCACCGACAUAACGUGGGACAAUCCAGGCACAGCGACGUGGUCCGCCAUCGAGCUGAACGUCGGUAUCAUUUGCGCCUCGCUACCCACUCUGCGCGCGUUCAUCAUCCAGCACUUUCCGCGCGUGUUUCGGUCAACCCGGGGUUCUACACCAACCGCUAGAGUCGGGUAUAAAACGAACAAUGGAAGCGUUGAGAUUGCCGAGGGUGAUGAGAGUGAACUUGUGCGCAUGCCUGCUGGAAGACCGUCUGUGGCUACGAACGUCAGUGACCCUUUUGGGGACGUAGAGAAAGGGAAAGGGACAUUCUUUGCCAGUGAUUCUGAGCAGGAGCUCGCGAAUAAUGACUUUGAGAGGACGUAG